AUGGAAAGCGCGAAUGAUUCUACUAAUGAAGGGGGUUCUUCAUCUGAACCAUGGAAAUUGUCUGCUACUAUUCCACAAAUGAUGACGAAGUGGACGGGUGUGAAUGAGGAUUUGGCUUCGCAAUUAAAAUCAUCCGAAAAAAUUAUGGACAAUUUUUUAAAUAAUUUCGAUAUGUUUAUUAAUUUUAACACUGAAGAAAAUCAUAUCCACAAAUAUUUAAUAAUUAUUUCAUUAA